AAUCACCUAUGGGUUUUUUAUUUUUUGCUAAACAAACCAAAAACAACUGAAAGUUUUGAAAAAAAUUUUUUUUUUUUCCUAGUUUUUGUUAUAAAAUUUUGUAAAUAAGUGAUUUUUCUCCUUCACUGAUGUGCUAAUGAGGCUGCAGUGAUGGGCACUGAUGAGGAGGCACUAAUGGGCACUGAUAUGUGGCAUUGAUGAGGCAUUGAUGGGCACUGGCAGGUGGCAUUGAUGAGCACUGACAG